AUGGAUGCAAAUGAGACAACAGGACCUACGGGAGGUACUAGCAAGGAUAAAGAGACUGUAAAAGUGGUGGUGCGUUGCCGACCGCUAUUCGGCAAGGAGCUCGUCGAAGGUCGAAAAUCGAUCAUAACUUUGGAUCAAGCGGCAGCCUUGAUUUCACUCAAAUGUCCCGAUAAUGGUCAGAUCAAGUCCUUCACGUUCGACUCUGUUUACGAUGAAAACACGUCCCAGCGACAGUUUUACGAUGAGUCCGGGUACCCGCUAGUAGAGUCGAUCUUUGACGGCUACAAUGGCACGAUAUUCGCGUACGGACAGACAGGUUGUGGUAAGACACAUACCAUGCAGGGGAAAGAUUCUCCUCCAGAACUGCGUGGUGUCAUCCCAUUAUCUUUCGAUCAUAUUUUUGAUACGAUCAAUGCGGAUACAACGAGAGAGUACAUGGUUCGAGCGUCGUAUCUGGAAAUCUACAAUGAAGACAUUCGUGAUCUUCUCAACGAUGACGCUAAGAAGAAAUUGGAUCUGAAGGAGUCUGCAGAUGGAACAGUAUACGUGAAGGACCUUACAGAAAUUGUGGUCAGGGAUGUAGAGUCUAUGAACAAUGUCAUGAGUCGAGGAUUCAAGAACCGAACUGUUGGGGCUACUCUCAUGAAUGAAGGCUCGUCUCGAUCUCACUCCAUCUUCACGGUAGUAGUCGAGACAAGCGAAACUAUCGGAGGACAAGAUCAUUUCAAGGCUGGGAAGUUGAAUUUAGUAGAUCUAGCAGGAAGCGAGCGUCAAAGUAAAACCGGUGCCACGGGCAAUCGUCUUAAGGAAGGAUGUAAGAUCAACUUGAGUUUAUCGGCAUUGGGUAACGUCAUUUCAGCACUUGUAGACGGCAAGGGCAAGCACAUUCCGUACCGAGAUUCAAAACUUACGAGGUUACUGCAAGAUUCCUUGGGUGGCAACACCAAAACUCUCAUGGUGGCUGCCGUAAGCCCAGCAGACUACAACUAUGACGAAACACUCUCCACUCUACGGUACGCCAAUCGCGCCAAGAAUAUCAAGAACAAGCCCAUUGUGAACGAAGACCCGAAAGAUGCCAAGCUGCGCGAGUACAAAGAAGAGAUCGAACGGUUGAGAAAAAUGCUCGAGUCCCAAACACAAGCGAGGGGCAAUGAAUUGAGUACAUCAAGUAGACUGGGAACCCCGUCACGACCUCUUUCUAAUAGUAACAGCGCAGAUCUAGCUAAAGAGCGUCAAGAGAUCGCAAAAUACCAACAAGAAGCUGCAGAAAUGCUUGAACGAGCCAAACGAAUGAUGGACGAGGCGAAGGCUUUGCAAGCUCAGAAUCAAGCGCAACCACCAGAUCCAGCAAAGGAUACAGAAGUUGUUGUUCAAAAGCAAAAAAGUACUGGUGUAUUGGGGAAUUUGCAGCCUCUUUUGGGUCUUUUUGGCAAGCAAGAAGCUAAGCCAGAACCAGUUGGAGACACUGCACCACCACCUGCUGCCACUGAGGAUCCAGCUAUUAAGCAAGCGAUGCAUGAAGCCGCUCAGAUCGACGCACAAGCGAAAGAGAUGAUGGCAAAAGCCGAAGCUAUGAUGAAAGAAGCUGCUCAACGGCAGAUUGCUCAACAGGUAGAAGUCGUAGUGAAAGAAGUGAUCCCAGAUGCACACGCGAAGGAGCGAGACGAGCUUCGUGAACUGAAUCAAGCAAUCCUAAACCAACGAGAUCGAAUUGGCCAGGAACUAGAACAAACACAAGUGGCGAUGGAGGCCUAUCUACGUGAAAAGGAGAUGCUGCAUGCCAAACUUAAGAAGAUCGAGAGCCAUAUCCUCGGAGGUGCAUCCGGUUCAUCGUCCACGCGUGGGUCCGCUAAUGGCCACGAUGCCGACUCCGAGGUAGCAUUACUAAAGCAGCAGGUGGAGUAUCGACGGGCACAGAUUAAACUACGCGAGAAAGCCAAGAAACAAGCCAAAAAUGAGGCAAUGCGACGAGCUCUCGAGUUGGAGAAGCAACAGGUUGAAGAAGAGUUGAAGACAGCGCAAGAAGCCGCUCAAGCGAGCUUGGUUGCAGCCCGCAAGAAAGAGGCCAAAUACAAAGCUAAGCUCGAUGCCACGAGACAAGAGAUCGCUGAUCUUAACAGCGAGUUUGAACACGAGCGUGAGAACUUGUUGGAUACAAUUCGAGAGCAGACCAAAGAGGCGAAGUUGUUGGAACAACUUGUUGAACUUUUCUUGCCGCAGAACGAACUGGUUAAAGUGUGGGAACGAGCAGUGUGGAGUGAAGAACGAGAGGAAUGGAACCUGCCAAAGUUGAAGCCACGUAGCGACUUCCACAUGAUCAAACUCCCGACACUAGGAGGUGCUGGUAUUGAAUCUGGAGGUGCGGAGGUGGUGGUUGAAGAGGAAGUAAAUGGUCGACAGAGCAGUGCAGGAGCUACCGGUCACGCUACGGUGCGUUCAUUGGGGUCUUCAUCGAGUACCAAGCGAAAAAAGAGUGGUGUUUCACGGCCAUCUUCACAGAAUGUUGCAGCGAUUAGCCCCUACGAAGAAGGGUUUACAGGCCACACGCCUGCUACUACUGCUCGUCUUCCUAGUGCUAUUCACACUAGUCGACCGGACAGUAAAGCUGCUUUAAUCGCUAGAGGAAUGAGUCCGCAUAACAGCUCGAAUGGCAGUAAAGAACGGCGGAAAGUCAAGGAGAAAGAGAAGAGUUCUGGUACUCACCAACGUCAACCUCAAGAGCAAGAGCCUCAAAUUGCUAGUGCAUAUGAAGCUCCAGGGGCGAGUCACUAUUUCCCUGGAGAGGAGGAUCUACUGACCCCAUUAUCGGGUGAGUAUCAGCCUCGUGAUCGAUUGCAGUCACGUCAAGGUUCUAGACAAGAAUCGCGACAACGAAGUGGAAGUACCAGUGGGAAUACCAGAGCAGGCAUGGGUCAGUUAGAGCACACACCUCCAGCCGCUACAACAGAGAAGGCACGAUCUGCCAGUCGAGGAGAUAACGGAAGUCGGCAAGGGAAUCAUCGACAUCGUCGAAAGGAGCGACAAGAAGACGAAGCUGAGGGGAACGGGAUCGAACCUGGUGAAGCUCCGACCACAAAGAAGAAAACUAAACACUCCAAGAAGAAGAAAGAGCGUCGUGACAAGGCAGAAAACGGUGAAAUACCAGCAGAUUCGGCCAUCGACCACUACUCAUCUCUGCCUAUAGACACCAAAUACUCGAAAAGUAAUGAAAAAUAG